AUGCUAUCAUAUAAGGCAAGGAAUAAUUUCAAAAACGAUUCCUUGACGGAAUUUGGUGAUAAUUUAGAAGAUGGAAAUAUUGAAUUAGCUGAAAAGAAUUCAAAUGAAUCAAGUCCUUCACCAAGCGAUUCAUCCAAUAAUGUCGAUGAAACCACCUAUAUUGCUGCUGAUCUCGCAGAGAAACCAUUUACAUGUGAACAUACUAGCUGCCAUAAGCGAUUUGCAAACAAAUUUUUAUUGAAGAAGCAUCAAUUUAUACAUACUGGAUUACGGCCUCAUUGUUGUCCAUUCUGUGGCAAAAGAUUCAACAGAAAAGACAAUUUAUUGCGCCAUAAGAAAACACAUAUUGCUAAUGCUUUGGGUACGGACAUAACAAGCGCGUUAAGCAGCGAUGAUUUCUUGCUACGGUUAAGCGCUGAUAAGCCAACAAUUAAGCUUGACAAUGAGCAGGAAGAAGAGAGCGAAAUUUGA